GGGACCAGCCGAGCUGGGAUGGCCGCGGUGGCUGCGCGCUGCUUGGCCGGCUGGAGGCCGCUGCUGGCCCGCUGGCCCCCAGGGCGCGCCGCCUACCACAGCGAGCGCGGCGUCUAUGGCUACAAGCCCGGCCGGCCGGCCCAGGAGCCCCGCGGGGCCGCGGAGCGAGCGGAGGCCUGGCGGCCAGCAGUUGACCAUGGGCUGGCUCGUUUAGUGGCGUCCUAUCAUGAACAUGGACACAAGGCUGCCAAAAUCAAUCCUCUCCUUGCUGGCCAGGGGGUGAUGGAGGAGGUGCCAGAGAUCCAGGUGUUGGCGGAAACCUUGCAAGGCCCUUUCCACACGGCAGGGCUUUUGAACAUGGGGAAGGACGAAGCCUCGCUUGAAGAUGUCCUGUCUUAUCUGGAAGACAUCUUUUGUGGACCUAUCUCCAUAGAGACUGGCCAGCUGUCCAGCAUGCAAGAGAAGGAAUGGAUGGCCAAACGGUUUGAGGAACUGAAGCAAGAAGCUUUUACUACCGAAGAGAAAAAGUAUUUGUCCAAGAUCAUGCUAGAAUCUCAGGAGUUUGACCGCUUCCUGGCCACCAAGUUUGCCACGGUGAAGCGCUACGGGGGCGAAGGGGCGGAGAGCAUGAUGGGCUUCUUCCAUGAGCUACUGAAGAUGGCCUCGUACAGCGGCGUGACGGACAUCAUCCUCGGGAUGCCCCACCGGGGAAGACUUAAUCUCCUCACAGGCCUCCUUCAAUUCCCGCCUGAGCUGAUGUUCCGUAAAAUGCAAGGCUUGAGCGAAUUCCCGGAGGACUCGGCUGCCAUCGGAGACGUCCUUUCUCACCUCACGGCCUCGGUGGAGCUGGACUUCGGGUCUCACCGCCCAAUUCACGUCAUCCUGUUGCCGAACCCUUCCCACCUGGAAGCCAUCAACCCUGUGGCGGUCGGCAAAACCAGAGGGAGACAGCAAACAUUGUUGGAUGGGGAUUACUCCUUAGCCGGUUCGGCUCGGCCCGGAGACAAAGUCAUUUGCCUGCAGGUCCACGGAGACGCUUCAUUCUCCGGCCAAGGGAUUGUUCCGGAAACGUUCACUCUUUCCAACCUGCCCCAUUUUAGAACCGGGGGAAGCGUUCACCUCAUCGUAAAUAACCAACUGGGCUACACCACCCCGGCAGAGCGAGGACGGUCCUCCUUGUAUUGUAGUGAUAUCGGUAAGAUAGUUGGCUGUGCUGUUGUCCACGUGAAUGGAGACGACCCGGAAGAAGUUCUCAGAGCUGCCCGACUGGCCGUGGAGUACCAGAGACUUUUCCGGAAGGAUGUGAUUGUGGAUCUUCUCUGCUAUCGGCAGUGGGGUCACAAUGAACUCGAUGAGCCCUUUUUCACCAACCCCACCAUGUAUAAAAUAAUUAGAUCCCGGAAAAGCAUCCCGGAUACUUACGCGGAGGGCCUGGUAGCUGAGGGACUUACAACCGAGCAGGAAAUAUCGGAGAUCAAAACUUCCUAUUACUCCAAGCUCAACGAACAUCUCGCCACCAUGGCUAUGUAUGUGCCUCUGUGCCCCAACCUUCAGGACCACUGGACCGGCCUGGUGGAGCCCAUGCCAAGAGUCACAACAUGGGACACCGGUAUUCCAGUCCCGCUCCUCCAAUUUGUCGGGGUCAAGUCGGUGGAAGUGCCUGAAGAAUUACAACUACACAACCACAUCCUGAAGACGCAUGCUCAGUCACGGGUGUUGAAGAUGGAGGAAGGAGUGAAAGUAGACUGGGCCACUGCUGAAGCAUUAGCUUUUGGUUCUCUACUGUGUCAAGGUUUUAACAUUCGUUUGAGUGGACAAGACGUGGGCCGAGGGACAUUCAGCCAGAGACAUGCCAUGUUGGUUUGCCAAGAGACCGGGGAAACCUACAUCCCUUUGAACCACAUGUCUGCCGAUCAGAAGGGCUUCCUUGAGGUGAGCAACAGCCCCCUGUCUGAAGAAGCGGUGCUCGGCUUUGAGUAUGGGAUGAGUAUUGACAGCCCCAACCUGCUGCCCAUUUGGGAGGCUCAGUUUGGGGAUUUCUUCAACGGAGCUCAGAUAAUAUUCGAUACAUUUAUCUCUGGAGGGGAAGCCAAGUGGCUCCUGCAGAGUGGCCUGGUGGUUCUCCUUCCACACGGCUACGAUGGGGCUGGGCCGGAACAUUCUUCCUGUCGGGUUGAACGAUUCUUGCAGAUGUGUGAUAGCUCCGAGGAAGGGAUCGACGGUGACCACGUCAAUAUGUCCGUGGUCCAUCCAACUACCCCGGCACAGUAUUUCCACUUACUUCGGAGGCAGAUGGUCCGAAACUUCCGGAAACCCCUCAUUGUGGUAUCGCCCAAAACUCUCCUUCGCUUACCUGUGAGUAGAAAGACUUCCUGGGGUGGUUGUCACCAGAGGUGGGCUGCUGAUGGUUUGCGAACCAAUAGUUACAGGGGAAAAAAAUUUAACAACUGUGUUCGCUUAAUGACUGAAUUAACAAGCAGGCUUCACUUUAUGGGCUCUCUUGUGUUGGAAAUAAUUCCGUUCUUCCUGCUCCUUAGUGUCAGCAAGGUGAUUCUCUGUUCUGGCAAGCAUUAUUACACUUUGGCCAAACACCGAGAGCUGCUUGAAGAAAAGAAGCACACCACUGCCAUUGUGAGAUUAGAAGAAUUGUGUCCUUUCCCUCUUGAAGCUCUGCGACAAGAGAUGAACAAGUUCACUAAUGCCAAAGCUUUUGUCUGGAGUCAGGAAGAACCUCAGAACAUGGGGCCCUGGACAUUUGUCUCCCCAAGGUUUGAAAAGCAACUGGCUUGUAAGCUCAGCCUUGUCAGCCGACCCGCCUUGCCAGCCCCUGCCGUGGGCAUUGGAGUGCUGCACCAGAAACAACAGCAAAAUCUCCUCACCGAAACGUUCGCUUGAAGGCUUAACCCACUGUGGGACUUUUGCUGUUAACAACGAGG